GGCCUCCGCGCCCCCGCGCCGGUGCCGGCGCCGCCCGCGGGGCAGCGGGCAGGGCCCGACCCGACCCCUCCUCGCCCCACCGGGCUGGCCCGCGCCCGCCCGCCCGCUGCAGGGUCUUGGCUCGUGGGCAGCUCUUUAGCAAUCCCAGCUGGAACCUCACACCAAAAGGCACCAUGAUAAUGAUGACUGAUGUCACUGCAGCCCCCAAAUUGGGGUCAACUGCCACCACUCCAGCUGUGGCUCCUAACUUCUCCUGGAUGCCGGAGGAUGGCAGCCCCACAGCUGUGGAGCAGCCAAUAUUCCUCAUGACCACUGCUGCUCAGGCUAUCUCAGGUUUCUUUGUAUGGACAGCUUUGCUCAUCACCUGCCAUCAGAUCUACAUGCAUCUUCGCUGCUAUAGCUGCCCAAACGAACAGCGCUACAUCGUUCGGAUCCUCUUCAUUGUGCCCAUUUAUGCCUUUGACUCAUGGCUCAGUCUCCUGUUCUUCACCAAUGACCAGUACUAUGUUUACUUUGGCACAGUGCGGGACUGCUAUGAAGCCUUUGUAAUAUACAACUUUCUCAGCCUCUGCUAUGAGUACUUGGGAGGGGAGAGCUCCAUCAUGUCUGAGAUCAGAGGGAAACCAAUUGAGUCCAGCUGUGUGUAUGGAACUUGCUGCCUGUGGGGAAAGACCUAUUCGAUUGGAUUCCUGAGGUUCUGCAAACAGGCUACCCUGCAGUUCUGUGUGGUGAAGCCUCUCAUGGCGAUCAGCACAGUCAUCCUUCAGGCCUUCGGCAAGUACCAGGAUGGUGACUUUGAUGUGACCAGUGGCUACCUCUAUGUGACGAUCAUCUACAACAUCUCUGUCAGCCUGGCACUGUAUGCCCUCUUCCUUUUCUACUUCGCCACACGUGAGCUACUCAGUCCUUAUAGCCCAGUCCUCAAGUUCUUCAUGGUGAAGUCUGUCAUCUUCCUGUCCUUCUGGCAAGGGAUGCUGUUGGCCAUCUUGGAAAAGUGUGGUGCCAUCCCCAAAAUCCACUCUGCUGAUGUGUCUGUGGGUGAAGGCACGGUAGCUGCUGGGUAUCAAGACUUCAUCAUCUGUGUGGAGAUGUUCUUUGCAGCCAUCGCCCUGCGCCAUGCCUUCACAUACAAAGUGUAUGUGGACAAGAGAAUUGAUGCCCAAGCUGUUCCAUCAUAUGGGCCAUACGGUCGCUGUGCUCCCAUGAAGAGCAUCUCCAGCAGCCUCAAGGAGACCAUGAACCCUCACGACAUUGUCCAAGAUGCGAUCCACAACUUCUCCCCAGCCUACCAGCAGUACACCCAGCAGUCAACGCUGGAGCACGGUCCACCCUGGCGCAAUGGCAGUCACGUUAUCUCGCGCUCCCACAGCUGCUCUGGUGCCCGUGACAACGAGAAGACCCUCUUACUGAGCUCUGACGAUGAAUUCUAGGAGGGGAAACUGCCAGCACAGGCUGUCAAUUUCCUCCUUUUUUUUUUUUUUUUUUUAAUAAUUUAUUAAAGCAGAAACACACAAGUCAUAUCACUUCCUAGAGAGUACAGAUUGCAGAAGUGUGGGCACUUCCCAUUAGCUUUGUGGGUACGGACAUGAUGAGCAUUGUGGAGGUGGUGGAAUGGCCAGGACUCUAUUCUCGAGCCCAUUCCUUAAAGCAGCAAUCAAAUUAAUUGAAGCAAAGCUCCAGGGUUUGGGGUUCUGGCUUCCUACACCUGUCCAGCUUGGUGUGGAGCAUGACUGGCCAGAGCCUGGAGUUGUGGCCAAAAGUGUUUUUGGUUUUUUUUUCCCAACAGGACAACCUAACUGCUUUGUAUUUCUUUUCCCGAAUGGUUGAGGUAGGCAGUUUUUUCCCCCAACUCUCUGGUACUAACAUCUCUGUGAUCCUUGGGAAAUUGGAUUGGGAUGCAGUGAUAAGCAUUCCUGAGGACCAGACCAGAGACUGGUCUAUAUAGCCAUUGCCUUGAAUGCUAAGUAAGGAAUAUCUGCCCCCACCCUCCUGAGUACCUGGUUUUGAGCCCUGGAGUCACUUGAGUGAGCCAAGGGCGAAAGGACAGGGCUUUUUUCCUGUUUUUUGGCUCCCUACAUCCACUGAUCACCAUCAAAGCUGAUGCUUGUUGAGGCUCAGUGGGGAUGGAGUUGCUUUCUUACAAGGAUGGAGUUUUCUAAUCACUAAGUGUCCAAGCUUCCCAUCUCCCUUGUUUGUUCCUGUGGCUAGAAGCCUCCCUGGAGCAUUUGUCUCCUGCUAACAAGACUGAGGACUGCCCAUGACAGGUGGUGGAAGUUUGUAGAGCUUUGGCCCCUUCACUCCUCUUCGGGAAGGGAAGAUAUGUAAACACAAAACCAGUUUUUGUUUUUGUUUCCUGUUCCUUGGCAUCACAGCUGCCCCUCUUAAAGGUGUGGGUUGCACCAGGUAGGUGCCAGAGCAGGUCCUGGUGUCUUACAGGUAUCUCUCCCCAUGCUUGGUAUCACUGACUUUCCCUGUGAGCUGCGCAGAUUUUGCUCUUAGGCUGGAAUAUUCAGAAAGGAACGUUGCACACUCCUUCGUUUUUUAUCUCCAUAGCUGUUCUGGGCCAAACUGGAGCAGACUUGAAACCUGACAUGACCUGGCUGGUCGAAAUUGUCCCUUUUAUUCUCCCAGGCAGCGGUUGCUGCUGCUGCUGCACAUUUCACAGACCCUACUGCAACUGAGUGCUAUCAAGGGUGGAACCAGCAUCCAUGGACAUGGGAGAAGCUUUCCCUUGCUUCCAUUGGGUUUUGGGUGGGCCCAUGAGUACUUAGUAGAGCGACAAUAGAAGUGAUCCCUCUGUAGAUCUAUCCAGGGACCAGAAAAUGCCUCUUGCUUGCUUAAAAUUAUCUAGGGGAAGAGUGGGCAGCACCCUCAAGCGCUACAGGUCAGAUGCUCCUGCCUGCAAGAGGGAAGCCAAACUGAGAUAUUGGAGCAAGCUGCUGUGUUCUUCUCAGCUGUAAUUUCUCAAUUCCUCUCCCACUUGCCUUCCCUGCCAUCAGCAGAGCUGUGCAGUUCCACAUUGCCCUCGUUGCUCUGCUAGGAGCACUGGAGGCUGGUUUAAUGCCUGCAGGUUACCUCUCCAUUUGUUUCCUAAUCAUCUGCUUGUUUGUUCAGUGUCUCAGAAGCAACAGUGAGUUAAGAGCAUCUCAUUUCCUCAGUACCCCUGCCCAAGCUGGGCAAAAGGGCUUAAAGAGAGGUAGGUUUGCUCCCUGCUGUGAGAAUAAGAUAAGGGAAGGGCUUAAGGAAAAUAUCUCCUUCUGUACUUGUGUCUGGAGGGACAAUGAAUCAGGUGGGAGCAACAGUGCUAACUGUUGACGGAGCUGGAGGCAGUGGAUCCAGCAGCUUGUGUGCUGUUGGAUUUCCCUAUUUACACACAUCUUGCAAUGCCAUACUGUUAGUUACUGCUUUUCCUAAGUCUGUGUCUGCUUACAUGGACAUGCAGGGCUGAAGACUGAAUGGGCUUUCCUUCUGUCUUCUAUGGCUUUGAUUAAUAGUCCUUUAAGCAUGAGGUACUUAUGGUAAAGUUGCCCUCUCUCUUAGGAAAGUAGGGUGUAGGACAUGUUCCUACCCUCCCCUUUCUUUGCAUUUGCAGGUCUUGAUGAUGUCCCAGUCACCCACUUGGUGACCGUUCCCAAUCUUUGUUGCAUUUGGGUGGCCAAAAUGCAAAAUCUCAGUUAUUGCCUCAUUGAGCACGAAGGUGGUUCAGGCUUGGAGAAGCAUUUCUUAGAACUUACUUUGAAAUGUCUCCUGCAUAUACAUGCUCUGCAGAGGAUCUGGACAUUCUCAAAGCAUCCUUUAUGUAGCGGUUUCAAAUAUAAUCCUUUCGCACCAUCUGCCUUCAGAGAAGCCUGGUGAAGAACUAGUGCCCAAACAACAGCCAGCUGCCCUGCUUUAUAAUAUUAUAUACAUAUAUAUUUUUUAACACCACACAAAAUCAUCCAUCACAGAGCUUGCUGCUCUCCCUCAUGACAGGCAAGUGCCAGAGCAAGGAUUGGCUCUGAAGCCACUCUGGCUUGGAGGAGCAAAUGUAAGAUUCAGAGCUUGAAACCGAGAAGGCCAAGGUAUUUGUGGUCUUGCAGGUCUGCUCAUGGUAGCCCAGGGCCUCAAGAAAUGUGGCAGUUCCAGGAGUAGGCCCUUGGAGCUGCUCUCCCUCACCUGCUUCCACUCUUCUUCCUUCCUUCCUUCCUUUUUGUUUACCAUGUAACAUACCCAUGGGAUUUGUUUAUUAUUUUUCCAUAUAGAGUAGUUCUUUGUAUAUAAAUGACUGAAAAAAAAAAGUAUGAUAAAUAAGACAGAGUCACCUAGUUUUGUACCUAUUGUGUUUAACUGAUGUGAGCUCAGCGACAAGCCGCUCUCUCUAUUUUGGUCUUUGUGACGUUAUACUCUGCAGAAAUGAGCAAAUAUGAUGACAAAUAAAAAAUAUAGAGAUAAUAUAGAUUGUACUUAAACUGC